AAGAAUUCAAGGAAAAAAAAUCUAGGGUUUUAAUCGAUUCUGCCGCCAUGGAUGCAAAUCAAGAAGCUGCCGGCGGCGGCGGUGGUAGUACUACCGGUGGUGGUGAAAGAGGAAGAAGAGAGAACAAGUACAGAGGAAUCCGACGGCGGCCAUGGGGGCGGUACGCGGCKGAGAUACGUGAUCCCACCAGAAAUGGUGCACGGUCGUGGCUGGGAACGUUUGAUACGGCGGAGGAAGCUGCUAGGGCUUACGAYAGAGCUGCUUAUGCAUUAAGAGGUCAUCAAGCUAUUCUUAACUUCCCUAACGACGGCCAUUACCGGAAUGUUAACUCCUCCACAGCCGAGCCGCCCUCAACCUCCGAUUCUUCUUCAAUAAUGCCGCCAUUGCCGUUAAACCCAUCAUCAUCAUCAUCAUCAAUGUCGUCAUCAUCAUUAUCCUUAUCAUCGUCAUCAUUUUCAUCGAGAAACAACAGGGGACGACGAYCGGAGGCGGUGAUCGAGUUGGAGUAUUUGGAUGAUAAGCUGUUGGAAGAUCUUCUUGGAAAGCAUUCUCCAACAAGAUAAUUAGAACGAAAAGGGUUUAAACGAGAACGAUAGGAAAAUGUUGAGAAUUUCAGAAUACCGGAAAAAAUGAUUUUUUUUGUACGGGUUUUUGGGGUAAAAAUGCAUGGGAUUUCAUUACGCGACGAACAUUGAGGAAAAAAAUUGUGUAAAAGAUGCGUUUUAGAUGACAUUUACGUUUGAAGUACAUGUUUUACGUGURAUUUAAACGGUUGUUUAUUAAAUUUAGCGGGAUUUUAGUAUKAAUGUAUCGGGCAUUUUGUGUCGUYGAUGGUUGCAAAUGUAUGGAAACGA